AUGAAAUCCAAUUGGUCCUCAUACCCGCCGGACCUUCUCGAGUCACACAAACAUCGGCAGAAGAAGAACACAUUAAAGAACCGAGCCCGCCUCUCCCCGCGCCGGGUGACUAGCAUGUUGUUGUCAAGCACAAGCAAAAGCUUGGUGCUGCUGGCAAACGAGGCGCAUCCAAAGACGAGUGGCCAGUCUCAUCACACAAGCAUCUCCCUCAUGAAUGCCGACCACCUCCUGCUCCAACUCUUCCCCUCAAACAAGCACACCCCGUCAAGUCUCUCCCCGUACGCCCUUCUGCCCCCUCCUCUCCGACCACUGACACACCACGUCACCACACCGCUCUUUGCCGCCAGCCUCGGCCCUCUGCUCUCAAGCUCCCCAACGCCUCCGCCGCGAACCAGAACUUCCAGAAUUCCGAUCCCCUCCCCAACGUUGAGGGCACAAUGA